AUGGAGAAACCAAAAGGAUUCGUUGAUCCUCAUCGGCCCCAUUUCGUAUGCAAAUUGAACAAGGUCUUAUAUGGCCUUAAACAAGCACCACGUGCUUGGUUCAAUAGGUUAAAGGUUUUUCUCCACAACAUUGGCUUCCGCUCUUGUUUAUCUGACUCUUCUCUUUUUGUGCAGCAAGCUUCUAAGCAUACGACAUAUGUUCUUGUCUAUAUGGAUGACCUUAUUAUAACUGGUAGUGAUAGUGAUUUCAUCACUACAUUUAUUCACACUCUUGAUCAACAAUUCUCUCUCAAAGAUCUUGGUUACUUCAAUUAUUUUCUUGGUAUUGAAGUCUCUCUAACAUCAAAUAGGAUCAUUUUAUCUCAAUGCAGGUAUAUUCGUGACUUACUUCGUCGAACAAACAAGGCUGAUGCUAAGCCUAUUUCUAGUCCGACUGAACCUAGAUUUCAACUUAUUCUUUCUGGUGAUCCUCUGCCUGAUGCUCAUUUAUAUCGUAGUGUCGUUGGUGCUCUUCAAUAUGUUACCAUCACUAGGCCAGAAAUAUCCUACGCAGUCAAUCGAGUAUGCCAAUUUAUGCAAUCGCCCAUUAUUACUCAUUGGUCAGCUGUCAAACGUAUACUUUGA